CCAACCCCAUCUCCCUGUCUGUAACAGACGUCCUUGGGAUUGUGCCUUUGUUCAGAUCUGCAGCAAAUCAGUUCCGAGACUGGGAGCUUGCUGUUUUCCUGGUCACCAUGGAGACCUCGUCCCUGGAGCGACAGCUGCAGAGUGUUCAGAGAAACAUCGCCUUCUUAAAGGGGGAGCAUAUGGACUUACUGCACGGGCUGCACAUGGAGAUCCUGCAACUGCAGAAACGCUGCACUGAGUUGACAUAUGAACUAACAUUGAAGUCGUCAAAAAGUGGCCAAUCAGACGACUGUGAGCAACAGGAGGACUGCGCUCCCCUCGAGGCUCAAAUCAGAGAGAAGGAGCUGCAAAAUGCAGCGCUGAGAAAAGAACUCUGCCACAAAGAGGCCCUGAUAACUGCGCUGGAGGACAGCCUACGGAGGAGGGAGCGGCUGUUCCUGGAGGAACUCAAGAGACGGAGUCACAGGAUGACCCUCCUGAAUAGUGAACUGCAGAAGCAGUCUGAGACUGCGGCUCAUCUCUCAUUUCAGUUGCACAGCUUCAAACAGAAGCUAAGUAACUCUAGGCAAGGUAAUCGGCCUUCAGACAAGCCUUCUGAUAAAGCCAUCCCUACAUCUCCAGUAUAUACAUCAAUAUCACUGAAAAGGAACCAUAAGGUCCAUUCCAAAAUGACUGAUAAGACCUGCACUGACAGAGCAAUGGGGACAGGCUCCUCUCAGCAAAGGCGACGGGUGGCACAGGACGAACUGGACCCCAUGCCUGACCCUGCACUUUUCCUACGAGCGAGGUGGCAUUACGGCCAGAGGCAGAACCAGGUGAGCCGUCCGGCUGUGCCCGUUAGCCAGGAAUGCGGACUUGAGAGCGCCAGCCUUGCAGCAGCAUUGCAAACACCCAGGACUGUACCAGAGGGGAGCUCAAAGAGUUCGAACAUUCUGGGGCCUCCUGCCGAGACGGAGAUCCCCCUCACUGACGAGGAAAGCGCCGGCGAGGAUUUGCAAAAGGCGCGGGAAAGUUUUCGAAAAUAG